AUGGCUUCAAAUGGACAGCCCUAUCAGCAAAAGCCGAUUGUACAAACGCACCUUCAAGAAGUUCUCGGCAAGCUUGAGCAGCCAACGCAUGAAGAAAGGCUGCUACUACACCAAGUCUCUUCAGUACCAUACGACCUGUUCAACGCGGCUGCAUGUGAGGGGAAUCCAAACACGCUUCCACUUGAAGGCGCCUUACUAUCAUGCCUUCUUCGAAACUUCCCUGAACACGGCCUAUCCGCGACAUUCAUCUACGCCAUUUUCCACGCCCUCCUCGCCACGCUUACCGCACUACACAAACACUCCGUCUUCCACAACGCCAUCACCGCAGAGAAGAUCCUCAUCAAGAGGCCAGACAAACCUCCUCCUCGCAAUGGCUUCCGCGCUGAAGAUCUCACGAUACACCUCCUUCUAUUUCCGACUUCGUCACUAUCACCAACACCUAUCACGCCCUCACAGUCGGUUCCAGACACCGCAGCUGCAAUCAAGCUAGUCUACGGACUCACCCAACGCCAUCCCUACUUCACUCACAGAGCGGCCAACCAGGCGCUCUGGGCUCCUGCACCUUGGGGACCACCCUACAUCGCUGACUUGGCCGAUGAGCUGAAGGAGGAGAUCUCUGCCCCGAGAUCGUUGAGAGUCGCGGAGUACCUGUGGAACGACUAUAUGAAGGCACUGUUGGGCAUGACUACAGGGCUGGAUGAUCACCUUCUAGAAGAGAUUUGGCAUGUGGUUGCGUAUUCUAGGAUGGAGAGGUUGCCGAGGUGGUUGGAGUCCCAGAUCGGGUACUGUGGUCAGGUGGUGAACAUGCUUGGAGUGGGGAUUGAGGAUAUAGAGAUGUGGAGAUUGAACAAUGUGGAAACAGGCGCCGACACGAAGGCACAAGGAUCUGAGUGGUUUUCUUUCCCGAUCAUGUUUGGUUCGAUGGAUUGGGCAUAA